AUGGAGUGGUGUUUCACGUGGGAAGCGCCACAGAAGAGUCACUGCUCUACGAAAGAUUUCACAAGGCCUAGAAGGCUCGUUGUCUCCACAUGUGGGAACCUCAGCUUCCUUCGUUUCUUUUCUCUCUGGAACAACAACUUUCAAGGAACCAUCCCUUAUGAACUGGGUCGUCUAUCCAGGCUACGUGUCCUCGAUCUUCGCUUUAACAAAUUCAACGGAUUCAUUCCAAGUAACUUGUCUUGUUGUUCUAACCUUGAAAGGCUUGGCCUUUCUAAUAACAAGCUAGUUGGAAGCAUACCCAAAGAGAUUAGUUUCCUCUCAAAAAUUACUCACUUGGUAUUUAGUAGAAAUAAGUUAACAGGUGGAAUCCCGUGUGUCUCUGGGAAUAUAACAUCAAUGGAAGUGUUCUCUGCUGCUGAAAAUCCAUUGGGUGGGAGCAUUCCAGACUCCUUAGGCCAUUGGAAAAUCUUAACAGGUUUUGAUUGUGGUCAUUGUAAUUUAUUUGGAAUCAUCCCUCAUUCCAUUUAUAACCUCUCACUCCUAACGAUAUUUACCUUGCCUUGGAAUCAGCUUAUUGGUACUCUUCCCUCAUCGUUAGGUGCAAUGCUCCCACAUCUUGAGUACUUUCAGUUAUGGGGUAACCAACUAACCGGACUUCUCCCACCCUCGAUAGCUAAUUGUUCGAAAUUAUAUCAUCUUGAAAUGCAAGCAAACAAUUUUAGUGGGAAGUUGACAAUUGACUUUGCAAAACUAAAAGAUAUCCGUGUGAUAUCCCUUGGUGGUUACGUAAAUGGUAACAUCAGUGGACUUGGAGAAGGUGAUGAUAUGAGGUUUAUUGAUACUUUGAAAAACUGCAGCAAAUUAGGUCUUUGCAGGAGAAAUCCAUUCCACCAUGGCCAGCUUCAAAAUCUACAAUCUGCUCAUCUAUAUAACAACCAAUUCUCCGGGGCGAUUCCAGACUCCAUUGGGAACUUAUCAUUGUUGAUUGACCUUGAUUUAAGUUCCAACGGAUUAGAAUCACAUAUUCCAACAAGCCUUGAAAAUUGUCAUCGUCUAAUACAAUUGCAACUUGCUCACAAUAAACUCAGUGGCAAAAUUCCUAAACAACUUGUUCAACUUUCAUCUCUAGCCGUAGUAUUAAAUCUUUCUCAAAACAACCUCAUCGACUCACUUCUAAUAGAGGUUGGCAAACUCAAGAUGCUGAGUGCUCUAGAUUUAUCUGAUAAUAAUUUAUCAGGAAACAUUCCUAGUAGCCUUGGUGAUUGCACUAGCCUUUCAUUCUUAUCCCUCAAAGGCAACUCAUUUCAAGGCAUAGUACCAUCGUCAUUAACUUCAAUGAGAGGAGUUGAGAUACCUGAUCUCUCUCAUAAUAAUUUAUCAGGACAAAUCCCUCAAUUCAUGGAACGAUUUUCAUUCGUAUAUGUAAACCUAUCAUUUAAUGAUUUUGAAGGUGAAGUACCGGUGCUAGGAGUGUUUGCCAAUGCCAGUGCAUUCUCUGUUAUGGGUAAUAUCAGGCUUUGUGGUGGCUUGGCUGAACUUGGGUUACCCGAAUGCAAGACAGAAAAACAUCAAAAAGAGUUUCCUUUGUCCAUCAUAUUCUUUAUAAUUGCAUUCACCAUUUUCAGCAUUCUAUGUUUAGUAUAUGUUUGGUAUAAGAAAAGGAAGGGCCCAUCAUCUCAAUCACUUAGGGAUGUACAGUUCAUGAAAGUAUCAUACGGUGAACUUCUCAAGGCUACCAAUGGAUUCUCCGAAGCCAAUUUGAUUGGCGAGGGUGGAUUUGGCUCUGUUUACAAAGGAGUCCUUGAUGAUCAUGAUGGUAGAAUUGUUGCAGACGAAGUUAUACAUCUGCAAAACCGAGGUGCUCACAAAAGCUUUAUAGCGGAAUGUGAAGCAUGGCGUAAUAUCCGACACCGGAAACUGUUGAAGAUAAUAACUUCAUGUUCAAGUGUUGACUUUAAAGGCAAUGACUUCAAAGCUUUGGUAUAUGAUUUCAUGCUGAAUGGGAGUUUACAUGAUUGGUUGCAUUCACAUGCAACUACAUCCAGCUUGAAUCUCCUUCAAAGAAUGAAUAUUCUUAUUAAUGUUGCAUCUGCACUUGAUUAUCUUCACAAUCACUGCCUACCAACCAUCGUUCACUGUGACCGGAAGCCUAGCAACAUUUCCGAUGAUGAUUUAGUGGCUCACGUUGGAGAUUUUGGGUUAGCUCGAUUUCUUGGAACAGAUUCAGACCAAAAUAGCACAAGUGGCAUUAGAGGAACAAUUGGGUUUGAACCUCCAGGUAAAGUUCAUAUAUUCCGGUUCAUGCUGAUAUAUAUUUGUAGCUAGUACAUUUCCUUAUAAGUUGCAGAGUAUGGUGUUGGGAGUGAGAUGACAAGUAGUGGAGAUGUCUACAGUUUCGGAAUACUAUUGCUGGAGGUGAUGACAGGGAAGUGACCGACAGACAACAUCUUUAAUGAAAACCUCAGCAUUCAUAAAUUUGCAUACAUGGCCUUGCCGGACCAUGUAAUCGGUGUUAUUGAUGAUGACCUUCUGAAUUUACUUCAAGAGGAUGUUAUUGCUACGCAAUUUACGGAAGCAAAAGCAAAGAAAAUAGAGGAAUGUAUGGCCUGAACUAUGAAACACGACAAGGGCCAUCGCGACGGUGGAAUAAAUCUUAGGUUGCACAACUAGACAAAGCACAUCUCCGUACCCUCCUCCCCAUCAGCGAUUUGGUUGUAUUACAGAUGGAUUGAAGCUUUUAAGGUUAGAGGUGGCAGUCUUUGGUGGAUUUUUUUAUUUUGUUUGGGUUUUCCGAUGAAGUAACGGGGAGGGAGGAAUGGUGGGUUGUAAUGAAGCUUACACUCAAUCUUCAAGUGGGUUUGUGUCUUGUUGUAGGUUAAUGUGUGUGUGUGUGUGUGUGUGAGAGAGAGAGAGAGAGAGAGAGAAAUGGUACGGUAGUGUGGGGGUGGAGUAGUGGUCGGGUGUAUAACUUUUUUUUUAUACAUUUCGUUUUAUUUUGUAAUUAUAAUAACAUUAAAAAAAUAAAAUACUACUCACUGUUAAAUAAAUGAUCAUUUUUUAAAAGGGCAAAAUCAUCCUUUGAGGUUUCCUGAGGACCAAAAUCACAUAAAUUUCUUAAUUUGGGGACGAUAACCAUAAAAAAUUCUUGAUUUUGGAACUUUCAUGCAAUUCGUAAAGUUAUUGGACCAUAUCCACAAUUAUUUGCAAACCAUAAGGACCAAAUUUGUAGUUUUGUCUAGGUUUAUAUAAGAAAUAACAAAAUACUUUCAUUUAUUUGAAAGUACAAUGCUCUAAUAAGAAAGAAGAGUUUACGUUUAUGUUUAUUUUUUGAAUAUAACAUACUCACUGUUAAAUAAAUGAUCAUUUUUUAUAAUUGAAACAUCAUAUGCAAUUUUUUU